UUUACCGGCAAGCUAUAUGUUCUUAUUCUUCCAAUUCGAUUUGUUAAAAUUGUUAACUUAAAUAUGCAACGAUUUGUAAAAGUAUUUGGUCAGCAAACAUGCAAGGUAAUCGGCAUGAUACACGUGGAUGCCCUGCCAGGAACACCACGAUACACCGGCAACUGGAAGCAGACGAUUGAGAAAGCCAUAUACGAGGCGAAUCUCUACAAGAAACAUCAACUGGAUGCCGUUCUCAUAGAGAAUAUGCACGAUAUUCCCUACAUACCGGAGCGUCUUCUGGGACCCGAGAUAGUGGCCUGCAUGACACGUCUGGGACAGGCAGUACGGGAGAUAAUACCCAAGGAGACUCCCUGUGGCGUUCAGGUCCUUGCCUGUGGCAAUAAGCACGCUUUGGCCAUAGCCAAGGCAAGCCAGUUGCAGUUCAUUCGCAGCGAGGGAUUUGUCUUCAGUCAUGUGGCGGAUGAGGGCUUCACCGACGCCUGUGCGGGCGACUUGCUGCGCUACCGCAAGCUAAUCGAUGCCGAAGAUGUGCUAAUUUUUACGGAUCUCAAAAAGAAACACAGCUCACAUGCCAUAACUGCCGAUGUCACCCUCCUGGAAACCGCCCAUGCAGCAGAGUUCUUCCUCACCGAUGGCAUUAUCAUCACAGGAACAGCCACGGGACAUGCAGCCAGUCCCGAAGAUCUCAAACAGCUAUCCGGUCGGGUUAAGGUUCCCCUGCUAAUCGGUUCUGGGGUAACCAAGGAUAACAUUGACAGUUAUUACAAGGAUGCACAGGCCGUCAUAAUAGGGUCGCAUUUCAAGCGGAAUGGCAGCUGGUUGGAGGAGAUCAGCGAGCAGGCAGUCCAGGAUUUCAUGCGCCAGAUCCACGAGCUGCGUCAAGGGUCCAAGUAAUGGGAAUUGUAAAUUUGUUUAUUAUAUUUGUAAAUGAUGUAAAUAAUCGGGGAUGUAAAUGAAAAAUGUAUACGACGUAUGAA